CAAUCUGCACAAUGACAGCUGCCAUCCAGCUUUCAUCAACUUCACGAUACCCACAAGGCUGUUCAUCACGUCCGCAGCUGCAGCCCAGACCCAAGAAUACAUGUCUUCAGAGCCGGAAAUAAUCCUCAGUCCCACACCAACAGCCUCGGCCAUGCGAAGCUUCCAGCGGAAGAGGGUCAAGUCCUCCGUUACGAGCGGGGCAGCUUGCAUGACGGAGCAACCAGAACCAGCAGCAUCAUCUCCGUAAGUGAGGGGUCAGACCGUGUAGCAUGGGAGAGGGACGCUGCAGAGACAGGUAGGAGAAGGACUGGAAGAGGAAGCUGUUUCAUACUACUUUCCUACUGCUGCUAUUAUACUGCUUGCCAUCAAGGUGAUCAUAUUGACUUCCCACCAAGCCCACUCAGCGGACGAUGUCGUCUUUCCAACCACCGAAGAGUAUGCGAGCUGUUGUGCUCAAGGGUGAUUAUCAUGUCGAAGUCGAAGACCGCCCAUACCCGAAAAUCAAAAACCCCACCGAUGCGAUCCUCAAAGUCUCCUCGACCGCCCUCUGCGGCAGCGAUCUGCACUUCUAUCGAGGACACUUGAAGUGUCCGCCCAACUUCAUUUGUGGGCAUGAAUUUGUGGGAGAGAUUGUGGAGAAGGGAGAUGCGGUGAAGAAGUUUAAUAUUGGGGAUAAGGUUGUGGUGCCAUUCUACACAGCUUGUGGAGAGUGCUACUAUUGUGUGAGAGGACAGGCUUCGCGAUGCGCGAAGGGAGAGCUGUUUGGCAAUUCGGCGCCGGCGAAUACGAUUGAUGGCGGCCAAGCCGAAUACGUUCGCUGUCCAUUGGCAGACACGACCUUCGUCCUCACGCCAAAAGGCAUUCCUGAGGAGAUGCUGGUCUUGAUGGCCGACAUCUUCCCCACCGGCUACUACGCCGCCUCCCGCUACCUCAAGAACCUCCCCGAGCGCGAUCGCAAAGAAUACACCGUCGUCUGCGUCGGCUGCGGCCCCGUCGGAAUCUGCGCCAUAACCUGCGCCCUCACCAUGGUCAACACGGUCUACGCCAUCGACUCCGUCCCCGAACGCCUCGAGCAAGCCGCCGCCCUCGGCGCCAUCCCCAUCAACCUCAGCGAUAACCCCGUCCAAAAGAUCAAAGACGCCACGCAAGGUCGUGGAGCAGACGUUGUCAUGGAAGUUGUGGGUCAUGCAGACGCGUGGAAUAUGGCAUUUGAUAUGAUCAGGCCUUGGGGCGCGAUUAGUAGUAUUGGAGUUCAUACGGAGAAGUGGGAGGUUAAUGGGUUGAUGUUGUAUGGGAAGAAUGUGCAGAUGGCGUUUGGACGGUGUCCCGUGAGGAGUAUUUUUGAGGAGGCGUUGGAGUUGCUUGUGCAGGAGCAGAAGAAGGUGGCGUUUUUGUGUGGGAAGACGAUGAGCUUGGAGGAUGCGCCGCAGGCUUAUAAGGACUUUGAACAGAGAAAGGUGCAUAAGAUUGUGUUCAAGAUGGGGGAUAAUGUUAAGGAGAAGGAGAUCGCGGCAAGUGGGCAGUAGAAC